UGCAUUGCGCGGUGCGCCGGUGAUCCAUUCUGCGCAGCAUUGGCUCAUCUGGAACAAACCUAAUCAGCAAUGGCGCCCACUGCACCUUUCACCCUGCAGUGGCAGACGGAUCAAAUCAUCAAGUGUCUGCUUGAUAUCGAGGACGAGGACAGUCCUCAGUGUCGGUUAUUAGACUGCAACCUGGAGGUGGACAGCUCGUCGGCAGAGAGCCGUGAGGACACUUUUGACCCAGUUGUUAUUGCUGAUAAACUGAGGACUGUGGCUGAUGCCAUGGCUGAAGACGUCCACUUUAGAGCUGCACUGACUGAAAUGAGGCAAGCAGCAGCACAAGAGGUACAAACGGCCUUCGAAGCAGCAUUUAGCCAUGGAGUGGAUGCCAUCUGCCAGACUCAGGUCGCUCAGAGGGCUGAAGUGGUUUCAGAGAUGCAGUUGAUCAAAGCCUCAGUGUCCUUCGGACUUUAUGUCAAGAAAUCCUGCCCAGAGCUGAAACAUAAAAUCCAGAGUGUCAUGUCUUCGUUUCUUACCGCGCGUGUGGGCCCAUGGGUGACUCAGCAAGGAGGAUGGGAAAAAGUGGUUUGAGACUGAAUCUUGCCAAAUCAGCCUCUGCUAUGGAGUAACCAAACCUGAACAACAACAUUUCACCAGAUGACCUUGUGGAGCCACUGUACAAGUCUCUUCAUUUGAAUUUCUGCAUUUUCACACUGACUUUGUUUUAGACAAUCUGGCUCUAAUCCCAUGUUCUAGUGAUGCAAGUGCACUUCACAGGUUAAUGCAAUCAUGUGUGUUAAGACAGUUUAUUGGUGUUCAACUUCUGCUAAACAGAGAAACGAUUUAAAUAAGUCACUUUCACAUUCUCAUAAACAUUCUUUUUCAUCAGAAAACACUUGAAUGAUAUUACUGAUAUGUCAGUAAUAUCUUUCUCCACUACAUCACUGCUUGUGGUUUGUCUCUUUUUGCUUGCCUUCUUUUUUACAAAUCAUAGUACAAAAAAAGCUUUUGCCAAAUCAAUGGUAUUUCUUCAGUGAUAAUUUGCAACAAUUAAGCUGUUGAACUGACCAUGUUCACACUUUGGCAUCCAUGUGUGUCUAAACUGUUUACUCAAUAAGGAUAUGCUGUUUUGGAAGCUCAAUCCAACUGUGAAUUCAUGUAUUUCUUUUGCUUAUUUUUGCACAAAAUAGACACGGGUAAUUUCUUAAGCUUUUGAACCCUGUUUUUUCUUUAAGUCUGCAGAAUGUCUUAAUCACAUUCAGUUAGAGUCUGCAUAUACUUCUAGAAACAUUUUACACUAUGCAUGCUAUUUUUAAAUUGAGUGAAAUAUUAAAACCCAAAUGUAAACAUGAACUGUCAUCAUUUUAUACAUUGUUGUUAAGAGUUAUGUGGGACACAUUUGGUAUGUUUGGAAAUGUUAUCUUGCAAAAGUCCAGCAAAUUAUUUAAAAUAAAUGUUUCAUAGCAGCUUUGCAAGCAACUUGAUUAAAAGGGCACCUUUUCUCUUUUGGUAAUGUUUGUAAUGAUUUUAAUAAAAUGGGAAAAUUUGAAAUGAUUUGUGAAUUAUUUGAUUC